UGGGGGCGGGGCUUCUGGUCAAGAGCGCAGCGCGCGACUCUUCCAUGCAGUUCAGUUAGAUCUGGCGGAGGAGCUCAGAAGCUGGAACAGGAAGUUUUUACUUCUUUGUUUUUAAUCUAUAAUAAAUAAUCAUCAUGAUCAUCGUAAUUGAGGAUCAGGCAGCUUUUGAUAAAGCUCUGGCUGACGCAGGUGAUAAGCUUGUUGUGGUGGACUUCACAGCCACUUGGUGUGGGCCUUGCCAGAGUAUCGCUCCCUUCUACAAAACACUGUCUGAAGAAGCAGGUAAUGCCAACGUGGUCUUCCUCAAGGUAGAUGUGGACGAUGCACAGGAUGUGGCUCAGUCCUGUGAGAUCAGAUGCAUGCCAACAUUCUACUUUUACAAGAACGGAAAGAAGGUCACGGAGUUCUCUGGGUCCAACCAGACGAAACUGGAGGAGCUGGUGAACACCUAUAAAUGAACCCUGAGAAAUGUGUGAAGCAUGAAUUAUAAAUAUAAGCUUGACCCAAACACACCUGUUGUCAAUCCCAUAGAUUUUUCUAACAAGCACUCAUUAUCUUGCUUAAUGAACUUUUGAUGCCCUGACAGAUGAGCUGUAGAAAUAGUAUGUUCAAACAGUAUGCCUUACUCAAUUCACUGUAUUGCCAUAAUUAUUACAGCUUUUUUUUUUUAAAAACCAUGUAAUUCAACAAGUUUAUUCUGAGAAAACUAACCUGGGUCAUUGAAAUCAGGUUUAAUAAACACAGAUCUACAGAAUACAAA